AUGCGUUUCUCCAUCGCCGCUCUUGUUGCCGCUGCCGCCGGCGCUGUUGCCUCCGGCGUCACCACUGAGGUCGUCACUGCCUACACCACCUACUGCCCCGAGGCCACUUCUAUCGUCCACGGCAGCCAGACCUACAGCAUCUCCACCCCCGGCCACAUUACCAUGACCAACGGCCCCUACACUGUCACCCGUCCCAUCCAGACCUCCACCGUGACUCAGUGCCAGAGCUGCUCCACCGCCGUUCCCCAGGUUAGCGCCAGCAGCGUUCCCCUCAUCCCAGUUGCUCCUACCGCCGCUGCCUCCACCCCUCUGAUCCCCAACGCCGACGCCACCGGCUCCGCUGGUGCCUCCGCCGGAACUCCCUCGCCUUCUCUGCCCGUCUUCAACGCCGGUGCUGCUAACGCCGCAGCCGGCGCUGGCGCUGGUCUCGUCGCCGUCUUCGGUGCCGUCGCCCUCCUCCUGUAA